AUGGGAACCCCUAACUAUGCUUACAGAUUACGGAAAAAACGUGACAAGGUUUUAAGAGAUUUAGAGCCAAAGAAGAUUUUAAACCUUCUUUACCAAGAAGAGGUUUUCGAAUUGGAAGACAUGGAGGAAGUGAAAGCGGAGGGAGCGAGAAAUAUACAAGCCAACAUAUUGUUGGAUAAAAUACUCCGUUCGGGGGAUGAAAAUAUUGCUAAGUUUGUGAACGCUUUAAAGAAAACUCAGCAACAUCUUUACAAGUUACUUCAAAAUCCUGUUCCCGGAGAAGAACUGGCAGAAGGAGGUUUGUGUUCAAUAUUUGAAUAUUUUGCAAAGAUUUUCACUUUGCAGAAAGUGGAAACGUUGACUAAAUGUUUAUCAGGGUUAAUGUACGACUUUUGUCAUGUUGAGUUCAAAGGUUUGCCUCUGUAGGAUAGCAGGGAGUGAAAAUGUCGCCUCUCGAGGGACAGGAAUGGAAAAUGAAGACCAAUGAGUAAUGUUACGCCUGUGUUGCGACACAUAAAGGACCCUGGUCAGCAUCUAGUUGCAAUGUUACACGAUUUCUGGGGAAUGUGCAAUCUUACUCACAGUGAUGAUAUUUCUUGGGGCAUAAUUUCACCAUAGAAUUGUAUCCCAAUCAAGAAAAAGUAUGCUGUGAUAAAACCAAAAUAUGUACACCCAAACAGAAACUUUUUUCCUUCUGAAUUCUGGUCGCAAUCAGUCUUUGAAAACAGUGGGGAGACAGGCAGCAGCUAUAUUCCAAUGCUAAUAUGGUCUUUGAAAAUUAUGAACUGAAUGCAUCUCUUCUGGUAAUCAGUUUUAACCUUAACCACUGCUUAUGGGGCUCAGAGAAAUGACAUGUGUCAAGACAUGGUUGUUUGAUGUGUCAAAUCUAGGGAAUCAUUUGACGAGAGCAGUUUUCUUCAUCACCACAGGAGUACUUGGUGUUUCUUGUGACUGUACCCAGCCUUUUAGUAUCAUGAGCUUUCACUGAUACAAUAUUCGCCAUUCCUCUUCCCCCUUUGUCCUUUGAUACAAUAUUUUAUUAUCCUUUGAUACAAUAUUUUAUUAUCCUUUGAUACAAUAUUUUAUUAUCCUUUGAUACAAUAUUUUAUUAUCCUUUGAUACAAUAUUUUAUUAUCAUUUAAUACGAUUUUCUAUGCCCUCACCCUCGUCACCUUUAUGCAAUUUAUGGCCCAAAAGGUUUUCCAUCAAGUCACUCAAUCUCACUCUCACCACCCCUGUUUCCUUAAAAAAAGAAAGCUGUGAUUUUUGGGUGGGUUAAUCAACCUUUUCAACCCUGGAUUUGCUUCCCAUAUCAUAACAGUGGAACCUCCUUUCAGGGGAUACCUCUAAGACCAGGGUAAAUGUCCCCUAAAUAAAGCUUUUCCCAAAGGAGAGGUUUUACUGUUUGUUAGAGAUUAGUUGGUCAGUGGCUUACCAGUGACUGGCCAUCUUUGUAAGUUAUUUUUUGACAGUUACUCUAAUUUUUUUAUUUUUUUUAUGUUGCAGAUCGGAGGGUAAAUCAAAUUACAGGACAGCUUUACACGACUUCAUUGAAUACCCACCAUGAAUACCCCAAUUACACUAACAAAGGUCUAUAUAUAUAUAUCUACAGGCAUAUACACCUUAAGAGUUAGGAUAUAAUAUGUACAGAUAUUUUGUGAUUUGAGCAGUAUUUAUCCAAGUCAGGUAGAUGCUAGGAAAGAUAUGAGCAAUGAGCAAAAUAUCCACCUGUAUUUUAUGUUUAAAACAUCAAAUUAGGGAUUUGUUGUUCCACUGUUAUUUUCAUUUUUUAGCGUUGUAGAUUUAGCUUCUCAUUUAAUAACAGAAGAAAACAUGACGCGGACCAAUCCAUGAAACUGUUCUUUACAACCAACAAAUAAAUAUGACGUACAUAAAACUUUAUUGCUUAAGAGUCUGACUAAAAGAUCUAAGCUUGGAUUGUUCAGUGAGGCCAUGUUGUUGCUCUGCGUUCUGUCCAUAUCUUUUUUCUGUUCAGUAUGGUCAUACUGUGAUAUAUUUUACAUGCUCUUUUUGUUGAUUAGGGUAAAAUGGUAUAGUAGUAGAAUGAUCAAAUCUUAAUAUCAUGUGAACUCUUCUUUUUGGAUAAUCUCUGAUACUUUUGAGCCUAAAAAUAGUUAUGCUCUUACAAAGUUAUUGUGAAAUGUUGGACAAUGGCAGUGAAAAUAAUGGGAAACUGACUCUAGAUGCCUGACAAGUUCAAUUUAAGAAAGGACUCUUGUGCUGUCUGCCAGAAUAAAUAUGACAGAGUAGACAUUAUGCAUAAAUACCAUGUGGUCACAUUAUGUAGCCAAAGAAGAUUUUUUAUAUAUGAAAUUAUGAGAGUUAAUUACAAUUGUUGGUUUUCUUAAAAGGAUGUAUAAAUCUCUAGGCUCUGAGAUGCUUGUAGGCACCAAUGCUGUGAAUUCACACUAUCUCAUUGUAUAAUAUUUUCAUCCUACAUGUUUUUGAUAAUUACAAUAUCACAGUGUAUUAUUUGGUAAUUGUAAGAACUCUCCAAAAAGCCCUGCUAGAUGUAUUUAUUUGUUUAAUUUAUUUUGUUACAGCUCUUAGUCCAACAAGAAUGGUCCCUGCAAAGAUUGGCAACACUGAGAAGGGAGCUGCCUAUUCUCACACUUCUGAUGCACAUCUUGUAGAACCACCUCCAGAUGAAAUUUGCAGCUUUGUGAAACCAAUAGAUUGGAAGAAAAUACCAUCUCACAUCAGUCCAGAUUCAGAGAAAGUGUACCCUAUGACAUCAAAGCCCAAAGGAAUCGCAUUGAUCAUUAAUAACGAGAUCUUCCCUGAUAAUCCUGAAAAGACAGAAAAAGAGAAAGAAAAAGAACAAUUAGAAGUCCGUAAAGGCUCUGACAGGGAUGUCAAAUCACUUGAAAAGUUGUAUGAGGCUCUGGAUUUCAAAGUGAGGACUGAAAGAAACAAGAAAAGAAAAGAGAUUUUGGAGAUCUUAGAUGAUGUGUCUCAUCAGGAUCACUCGCAGUACGAUUGCUUUGUUUUAUGGCUGAUGAGCCAUGGCCAGAAUGGAUUAUUCUAUGGCUCAGAUGGAGAGACUGUCCCAAUUGAGACUGUGCGGGACUUUUUCAGCAAUGCAAACUGCCCAUCAUUAAAAGGCAAGCCAAAGGUCAUUUUCAUCCAGGCUUGUAGAGGCCAAGAAAGGGAAAAAGGUGUGGUAGCUGAUGCCCCAAAUGCACCAGCCCCUCAAUCACCACAACCUUCAACAAAUGAUGAUUUGUCAGGCAGCACUAAUAGUGAAGUUACUGACAAAGGUUUUACUUUUAGCAUCAGAGAAACCAUUGCUAAUCAUGCUGAUAUUCUGAUAGCUAAUUCAACCCUCAGUGGUCAUGCAGCAUUCCGAAAUCCUGUGUUGGGAAGCCGCUUCGUACGCUGUGUUGUGGAGGUCUUUCAAGAACAAGCUGGCUAUGAGGAUAUUCUGGGCAUGCUCACAGAGGUUAACAACAGGAUCAGUGGAAUGGGUGAAAUUGAUGAAAAACAAAUAUCAGAACCAGCAUCAACCUUGAGAAAGAAGCUUUACUUUUGGCCUGGAUUGCAGCAGAUGUAUAGGGGUUACAGCUGUUAGGCAGUUUUGUAGACAUUCCUUGAUCCUUAGUUGAAGGAGCAUUAUGCUUCACAAUCAGAAACACUCUUACAUGUAUCUCCAAGUGUCUUAGAGUACUGUGUGCAUGAAACUAUAACACAGAUCACAUUUCAAGAUCCCAAAGAGCAGCUAAUCCUUACAAAAAUUGUCAUCAAUUUUUCCAUAAACUAAACUUAAGAGGCCAUCACCUAGAUUUGUGUUCUAACCUUAAAUAACUGGCUGCUUUCCUGUGCAAAAUGUAUAAAACCAAAGAGGGAAGUACAAACCAUAGAGAAACAUGGCAAAGAUUAAUAUGGAUGCAGACAAAGAAGCUAGACAAGUUAAGUGUAAUUUUUCAGGAUGGACAAACCAUUAUGGAGCCUUUUUGAUGAAUAGAAUUCUGCAUAUUGGCAGAAGGAUAGAGUAGCUGACAUCUUAUUUAGGGGCAUAAAAGUCUGGGCUUUUAAAGUUGGCUUUAUACAUGUACAUUCCAAGGUGUCUGUUGGCACACUACAAAUAUUUUACAAUUGUAGAGCUGUUAAGUCUCCAGUAUUUAGUAUGAGACUCACAUGAAGUAGUGUAAUCUUAGGCUCUUAGGCUGAAACUACAAUCCCUCACACAUUAAAGGUUUCUGAAAUUAAUAAACUUUUGAGUUUGGAUCAGC